UCUGGAAUCAGAUCUUGCACUUUUUUAGUUUCUUUUUUUUUUUCCCCAAACAAAAAAUAUAAACCAAACAAAGCUCUGAAUAUCACGAAAAUAUCUCUCUUUCCUUUCCUUUCAUUUCUCUUUCUCUUCUUUUGGAUCCAAAUAUCGAAUUCACAAAUUCAGAGAGUAUUCGGAUAUGAUUUGAUGUUGAUGAAGAUGAGCGAGUACGAAUUCUUGGGCGGCCAAAAUGGCGGCGGCGAUGAGGACAGAGUGACGGAGUGGGAGGUUGGGCUACCGGGCGUCGACGAUUUGACGCCGUUAUCGCAGCUGUUGAUAUCGCCGGAGCUGGCUUCGGCGUUCAGUAUUUCGCCGGAACCCUAUAGGACCGCCGUGGAAGUCAACCGCGCGUCGCAAACAACGUUCUCGACUCUCCGUGGGGUCAACCACUCGACGGCGAAGGGGUCGCUGUUCGAAACGACGGAUCCUGACCCGGACCAGGACCAGGACCCGAUGGUCGUGGAGGCGGACGAGAACGAGAUUACCGAUCGAGACGGGUCCGGGUCGGAUCCGAAAAGAUCGAGAAAAGACGACGAGGGUUGUGUGGAAAUAGAAGUAGAAGAAGCCGAUUCGGCACUCCGUAACAACGAGAACGACGAGUCGUCGGCGGCGGCGGCGGAGAGGGCGGUAAAACGGCCGCGUUUGGUUUGGACCCCACAGCUACACAAGCGAUUCGUGGACGUGGUGGGCCACCUGGGUAUCAAAAACGCGGUUCCGAAAACAAUCAUGCAGCUGAUGAACGUGGAAGGCUUGACUCGCGAGAACGUCGCCAGUCAUCUCCAGAAAUAUCGCCUCUACCUCAAGCGACAGCAAGGCGGCGGCGGCGGCGGCGGCGGAGGAGGUGGGUUGUUUUCCGAUGGGCCUUCGUCGACCUCCACUUCCACCUCCGAUCAUCUCUUCGCUUCCACUACUCCUCUCCUGCCUAAUUAUCACAUGCCCACCAUGAUGCCUCAAAUGCUCGGCCACAUGGGUAUGCCACCCAUGGGUCAUCAUCAUCAGUACAAUAUGUUCCAGCAGCAACAGCAACACUCUGGGAAUAGUAAUUAUCAAUAUGGGUCUCAUCCUAUUACGCCUAAUGAGAAUUGAAUUAACAGAGAUCCAGAUGUUCAUCAAGUGGGUCAAAGCUAAAGUCUUGCAACCCGAGGUUGCUUCAUUGAUAAUCUUGAACCUCACAGACGUGGAGGUGUUCUUAGGAAUUUAUAUGCAGACAAUUUGAAUCCCAUACUGCAUACUCUCUUCCUAUAUGAUCUGGAAUUUUGUUCCAACCAGGCUAAGUUUUGAACUUUCGCCUCAGUAUAUAAUACAUAGCUAUUUUUUAGUUUCCUGGUAGCAGCAGGAGAUUCAUGGUGUACAAAUUUUAGUCCCUAGUUGACACCAAGUCAAAAGUACACUCUUAACCCAUUCUUUAAUUGAUAAAAUGUUAUUCUCAAGUAUUGAUUGAAUGUAUUAAUUCUUUUUCUUCAGCUGGAAAGCAAAAGUUAAAUAAUAAUAAAAAAGAAAGACAGACAAACUUAGCAAAACUAUUGUCCCUCAUUGUUGGGUUCAAUGUCACCUUUUUGCCUUCUUUCUCAUGAGAGAGAGAGAGAGUUGGUUUUAAUUCUUAAUUUUACAUGUGUUAUCUAUUAAGAUAUAUAUAUAUAUAUUUAUUCCAAAUGCUCUUCAGAAUUAUGUGGAUCUAAUAAUUCACUAUGCAGAUUGAUUUUGAUGUUUUCACUCAAGAAUUCCCUUACUUGAGAUGGUGAUAUCAUGUGCUCUGUUAUGCUUUUCGUUUUGUGAAGUGCAAUUUAUAAGUUUUGCAGGAGCUACUUUAGGGCCAUUUGUUUGCAACUUCGUGGGUCUUGACAAUGCAUGAUGUUUGGCUUGUAUAUUUUUAUUAGUAUUAGCUGCAGUGACUCUGAUGCAGCUGUUGGAAAGUUCUGUUGCAGAACUAUUGGAAUGUUUACAAUGUUUUGAACGCGAACUUUAUCAAAAUUCAGUCACUGUUUUGUAAUUGUUUCUAUUUUCACACAGUAUUUGAACAACUUCGUACUUCUUCUUGAAAGUUCACAGUGAAUUAGAAGUGCAAUUAUUGUAUUGAAUUA